AUGGGCAUGCUUCUUGGAAAGCACCGAUACAAUAGCGACGAGUCGGUCGAGCUGCUGAGGGAAACCAAGUACUUUUCCCAAUGGACGUUGGCGGACGUGCGAGAAUUGCACGCGCGGUUUCAAAAGACGUGGGGAUUUGCCAUCACAGAGAGCCAACUCGAGUCGUUGAUUUUGCUCAAACAGCCCGAGGCCGUCUCGUCCAAAGAGAUCUUUGCUGUGUUGGACGCGACGCGGGAUGGCAAACAAGAUGGCCGGAUCGACGGACUCGAGUUCAUUGGCGGAUUAACGAUUGUAUGCCAAGGAACAUUUGAAGAACGCGCUCGAUUUGCAUUCGAAGUGUUCGACUUCAACCUGAACGGGUCUUUGUCCCCAAUUGAGCUGGCGCUCUUGAUGAAGUCUUGCUACAGCGGAAUCACAGUCUUGACGGGUGGCCGUCUAGCGAUGGUUCCGUCGAUUCCAGCCUUUGUCGAAGUUGCCCAGCAAGCGUUUUCCCGCUUCGACAAGGACGAGUCGGAUGCACUCAACUACGACGAAUUCGUGUCGUGGGCAAGGAGCAACCGAGACUUUAUGAUUUACAUGGAGGCAUUUCGAGCGAUCUCCGAAAGUGCAAAAGAACGUGUGCCCGAAGCCGAGUGGCUCCAGGAGGCCAGCGACGACGACUCGGACAUCGAACUUGAAUGUAUUGCCCCGCUGCCUUUGGCCACCACAUCGACCCCGUCGAAUGGCCACACCAAGCCGUCGCAACCCCACCAGUACGAGUUCGAACCGUGGAUGCUCGCAGAACCGUCCAAUGCACCAGCCGUGGCGGCCCCGCCGCGCCUUCCACCCGUAAAUUUGUCACUCGAAUGGGUCUAUGGGUACCGCGCUCAUGACACCCGUAACAACGUUCGGUACACGGCGUCCGGCGACAUAGUGUACUUUGUGUCCCGGCAUGGGAUUGUGUACAAUAGCGAUCGCCACGAACAGCGCUAUUACCAGGGCCAUCGCAACGAGAUUCGGUGUCUUGCAAUGAGCCCCACAGGAGAUAAGGUGGCGACAGGAGAUGCUGGUGCUGACUGCGCGAUUCAUGUGUGGCAUCCGAUCACGUUGGAGUGCUUGGCUCUGCUCAGCCAAUUCCACGACACCGGGAUUGGCUUGUUGGCGUUUUCCAACCGCACCGACGUCCGUCUAGUGUCGGUUGGCCUCGACGAGAACCACCGCAUCGCUGUGUGGAACUGGAGUGCCAAGACCGUGUUGGCAUCUGGCAUCGGGUCCACGCAAAAAGCAUUGGCGGUCGCGCUUCACGACAACGGGUCCGAGUUGGUCGUGGCAGGGCACAAGAGUUUGGAAUUUUUCACGGUCGAGCACCGCAUUUUGAAAAAGGAGCGGGCGAGUAUGGGAACCAAUGGACUCUUGCAAGGGUUCCUCUCGGUCGUGUUCUUUCAGCAAUACGUGAUUGUCGGGACAAGCCUAGGCCAGCUGUACCAGUUUCAAGGCAAGCAGCUCAUUCGGACCGCGCAAGCGCACCCAAAAGAAUCAGUCAACUGCUUGUUCGUAUCGAUGGGGUCCUUCUUUUCCGCCGGCAAGGACGGGACGAUUCGGCAAUGGGACACCACCCUGCAACCGAUCGGGCAAACCGUCGACUUGAGUACACUCAACCUGAACAUGCACGACUACCGGAUUGCCACCCUAUGCUACCGCUCCGACUCGAUCCACGGCGGGUACCUUCUCGUGGGCACUCGGUCCAGCGUCAUUGUCGAAAUCGAGGAAGCGACAAGCGUGGUGCAUCGUAUCACGGCAUUUCACCAAACGCAGCCGUGUACCGGCCUGUCGACGACCAACAAGCGAGCCGAGUUUGUCACGUGCGGGGACGACCGCAAGAUCCGGCGGUGGAGUUUGCGGCGACGGCAGCAGGUGCACUCGCUGGCACUGCUCCAACUGUCACCAGGCCGAUGCAUUGCGUAUUCGACGGACGCCGAGUGGGUCGCGAUGGGGUGCGCCGACGGAACGAUUGUGCUUGUCGACCACGCCCUGACAGCCAUGCAUUUGAACUUUCGACACGCGUCCAAGGAAAUUGUCGCCAUCAAAUUCGCGCUCGGCGACCGACUCCUCGCCGCAUCUUGUGCAAACGGCGUCAUCUACCUCUACCGCGUCAACGUGUCAAGCUCGCGCAUGCAGCUCACGCGCCACGCACUGCUCAAGCCCAUGCCGAACGAACUCGCGACGCCGGCAACAACGCUCGACUUUUCCAUCGACGGGCGGUACUUGCAAACCCAACACGGCUCGACCCUGCGAUUCUGGGACGUUCUGUGUGCAUCUCGCGUGUACGUGAUGCAGAAAAUCCGCGACGUCGUGUGGCAUUCGUGGGAAAGCACGAUCGGGUAUUCAAUCCAAGCAUUCCACGGCGCCCAAGAUCAAGUCGCGUGUGUAUCGGUGAACCACCGCCGCAACCUCGUGGCCGUCGUCACCCACGACGGGUAUGUUGGUGUGAGUGCUUACCCCGCGACGACGAUGCAAACGUUGCAAAAACAAGUGCUCGGACACGGCCGCAGCAAGAGGCAGUCCCAUCGCACAAGCCACUGUGGAUUUACGAGGCACGAUUCGGUCUUGAUCACCGCGGGCAGUCACGAUCGAUGUGUGUGCCAGUGGACGCUGACCCGGGAAGCAGUCGACGAACAGCCGAAACCAGUGCGGCAGGUUGCUGUCCAUGCUCGCGACUCCAUCACGACCACCCCACAAUACCGCGCUCUCGACGCUUCUAACUCCUUCGUAUUAUCAACCGAAUCCAGCCUACAAAGUGUACGCAUGUGGACUUGCUGGGCGAUAUCUGCAAAACCACGUAGGGAAGCGCCAGACUUGGACUUGGAGCUCGCAUGGGUGCACGGCAUCAACGUCACUGGCGGUACGGCCAAACUCGGCGUGACAGACACGGGGGAAAUCGUGUACGCCGCGGCCACGAUUGGGAUCGUCUUUGACUACUGCGCUCGCAAGCAGCGCCACUUUAUACACCACAAGAAGAACAUUACAAGUGUGGCGGUCCAUCCGACUGGAAAAGUGGCCGCGACAGGAUCGUCCAUCGAAAUCGCGCUGUGGAAUACCACAACGCUCAAGACGCUGGGAGUUCUGCCGGUUCGUGCCCCCGUCAUGCUGUUGGCGUUCAAGGCGAGCGGCGAGCUCCUCGUCGCCGUCCUUGCCGACACCGUCCACACCAUCGUUUGCGUCCUGUGGAAGGAAAUGCACGUCGUGGCCACGGCCCAAAACACCUUGGAUCAAGUGUUGGCCUGCAGCUUUACCAACAACGACGCGUCCUUUGCCACGUGCGGCGUCGACCACGUCACGUUUUGGACGGUGGUUAACAACCACUACCUUCGGUCGCAACGCGGGAUCUUUGGUCGCGUUGCUGUCAUGGGGACCCUGACGUGUGUUGCGAGUGCAGGGGACCUAAAAACCUUGACGGGGACCCGCGACGGUGCGCUGAUUGUGUGGGACGACCACCACGCGUGCCAGCUCAUCACAGGUCAUGCCGCGACAGUAACGUGUGCGGUGUACGUAAUUGCUGUCAAGCAAGUCGUGACUGCGUCUGCGGACGGUGCGAUCUUUAUCUGGCGAUGCCAGCCGUCCCAUCGCAAGGAAUUCCUCGUAAAGCUCGCACGUUGGCAGCCUGUCGCCCCAACAAGUGUCGUUGGACUUGCUGCAACUGACGACCUCACGUUUGCCGUCACCGAUGACUGCACGAUCCUCGAGCUCGCCCCGAGUUGUUUUGAAUGGAUCGAGCCGUCGACGGCACCGACACCAACACAGCCGCAAGUUCUCGUGCAGUGGCAUGGCCAGAUCAUGGGUACAAUCGGCGGCCUCGCGUGCCACCCGACCCUUGACGUCAUUGCCACGUCCGGCGCGGACAAAACCCUGCGUGUGUGGGACCUGCAAACGCAUCUCCAGCUCAAGUCGAAAGCACUUUCCGCCCCUGCCAACGCCUUGGCGUAUUCCAAAGUGCAAGACGACAAAUCCCGGUUCCAUUUGGCCAUCGCGCUCACGACAGGUUCACUAGUGAUCGUCCAUGACACGACCUUGGACGACGUGACAACCAUCGAGUGCAGCAAACAGGCAUGCGUCGACAUGAAGUACUCGCCGUGCGGGAAAUUCCUCGCGCUCGCAUGCACGGACGCGUCCAUCUAUGUGUUUGCCAUCGACGACAGCCUCGCGUAUGCUUUCCACGCCAAGUGCGAGCCCCAAGGCACCAUGAAUCGGCACCCCAUCACCCACCUCGACUUCAACUUUGACUCGACCAUCCUGCGCAGCAACGCUCUCGAGCUACAAUGUGCGUUUUGGGACGUCGCGACCGGUCAACACUUGGAGCAUUCCGUGUCGGCCCGCGAGACGCACUGGCACACGUGCACGUGCCCAUCGACGUGGUCGCUCUUGGGCGCCAACGUACGAACAGCAUCAUCGCUUCCAACGAGUUGUUUGUUGACACCCACGUUUUCGUCGAUUUUGCCGGUCGUUGCCAUGGGCGACCAGGAUGGCCACAUUCACCUGAUUUGGUAUCCGUGUGUCGAGCCCAGCGCGUCGAAAUUGUACAGCGGUCAUGCGUCGCCCGUUCGUUGGGUUCGAUUCACGAGGCACAAUCGGUUUCUUGUCAGCGUCGGCACGUACGACCGGACGCUUCUCGUCUGGACCACGGACUACGCUGCUGAGGUCAACGAACGCCGCCAGGCGGCUGCGUCGUCACCCGCCACCACCCACCAUUCCUAUACGUCAGCCAAAGUUCACUUGACCGAUGAACGGCUCUUGACCGACAGCGGCGACCGGGGCGAAGACAAAGGCGACGAAUUCAUGGCUGUCAAGCCGUGGUUGGGGGCGAUUCGCGAACCAUCGAAUUGGACGCCAAAACCAGAUGACGCAGAAGCGCCCCAGAGCUCCCUUGAGCUGUCCUUCGUGUACGGCUACCGUGGCUUUGACACUCGAAACAACCUGAGCUACGGCGCCGACACGAAUACGAUUGUGUACCAUGCGGCAGCUCUAGGAAUCGUGUACGACGUUCAGCAGCACCGCCAAAUCUUUCACUACGGGCACACGGACGACAUCAUGUGCCUCGCGGUACACCCCGAAGGGCAUGUGGUCGCAAGUGGCGAGCGCGGCCGAAUGCCCAAAGUCAUUUUGUGGGAUGCCAACUCUGGGUCGACUCUGUGCGUGUUGUCUGGGUUUCAUCAACGAGGAGUUAGCCAUGUGGCUUUCAACUGUCGAGGCGAUUUGAUUGCGACGCACGGCAUGGACGCUGACCACAGCUUGGCAAUUUAUAACCUCCAGGGCAAACUCGUCGCCAAGGCAACAGCAUCCAAGCAACCGAUUCUUGGCAUGGCGUUCCUCGACAAGGAUGGCAUCAGCGUCGGUGAAAAAUCUGUCCUCUUCUGGAGUGUGUCGCAGACGAGUCUGUCGGUGAAAAAGGGAUCGUUUGGCAAGGGCGACAGCCGGGGCACCGUGCUGUGCGCGGUCUUCGUGCUUGGAGAAGCUGUCACCGGUCAAGCCGACGGAUCGUUGUACCAGUGGAAAGGUCGCAAUUGCGUAUCGGUGUUCAAGGGCCACGAGGGAGCGGUGAAUUGCAUGCACUACGACGCCACGUCCAAGAGCGUGAUCUCGGGCGGCAAGGAUGGCAUGAUCAAGUUUUGGGGCCCGUCGUUUGACGUGUUGAUGCAGUUUGACUUGAAAGCUGGAAAUGGUGGCCGUGGUGGCAGCAUCCGCAGCCUCAGUGUGGACAAUGGCAAGUUGCUCUUUGGAACGCAAGCAUGCGAAAUCUGCGAAGUCGACAUCUCAGACCUGCGCAAGCCAGUCGUCCCCAUGCGAACAUAUAUCGAGGGCCAUGGCGGGGGAGAGCUGUGGGGGCUUGGGGCCCACCCGGAGAAGCAGCAGUUCGUCACGGCCAGCGACGACGGCAUCGUCCGCCUGUGGGAUGCACCAAACCGGUCGUGCCUUGCCAAGCUCGCGCUGCACAAAAAAUGUCGCGCUGUGGGUCUAUCACCCGACGGGAAUCACAUUGCCGUGGGAGGAAUGGAUGGAUCGGUGGCGAUUCUGAAAGGUGGCCUCGAAGGCGUCGUGGUCGAGUUGCGAGUCAGCAUCAAGGCCAUAUCGGUCGUCAAGUACUCGUUCGAUGGAAAGACGCUGGCGGUGGGCAGCCACGACCAGCGCAUCUACUUGUACACAGCACCAGCAUAUUCGAAACGUUGUGUCCUGCGGGGCCACAGCAGCUACAUCACCCACUUGGACUUUACUCUGGACUCGCAUUCCAUCCAGAGCAACUGCGGCGCGUACGAGCUGCUCUUUUGGGACGUUGCCACUGGCAAACAAGUGACUAGCGCGAACACCCUACGCGACGUCAAGUGGCACACGUGGACGUGCACACUCGGCUGGCCUGUACAAGGGAUUUGGCCUGAACGCGCCGACGGGACAGACAUCAACGGCGUCUGUCGAAGCAAUUCCCACAAGAGUGUCAUGACUGUCGAUGACAAUGGCCACGUCAACUUGUUUCGGUAUCCAUGUGUCCAACCUCAUGUACGACAGCUGAAGUUCCUACACCCUCUCCUCACGAUCGCUUGCUCUGUUCGCAGUCGAAGUCGCGGCAAUACUUGGGCCACUCCUCCCACGUGACGGACUGCACAUUCACGAAAGGCGAUAUGUUUGCCGUCUCCAUCGGUGGCGGCGACAACGCCAUCUUCCAGUUCAAGUACAUUGAGAAGUAGUCGUAGUGUUAACACAUCCCACCUUCUUCGCCUUCGUCGUCGUCAUGAAAGAGCGCCGCGCUCCUCGUCCUUCGCCCAU